AAUCCAACCGGAAGGAGAAAUCGAGAAACUAAACGUUGCCUUGUCUCUUCUUUUUUAUAUCCGAGCCCUUGGGGAGCGUGUCCUGCGUGCUCCCCAGGGCAGGCCGCCGGUACCGGCCGUGUGUGCUGGCCUGGAGGAGAGGGGAGGGAUGAGGGAACUGCAGGCUCGGGCUCAAGCGGAGGGGGAAGGGAGCGGGCUGCGGUAUUCACUUGCUCAGCGGCUUGGCUUCCGCCUCUUCCCCGCGGACGGACUUUCGCCCCGGGCUUCUCUCUCCCCUCUCUAUCGGCAGGGAGGCAGCCGGAGCCAUGGACGGCCCCGCAGCUCCGCAGGGAGGCCUCUCGGGGUCCCAGCAAGUCCGCAUGAUGUUCUAUGCCCUGCAGCCCAAUGAGAGCUCCUUCCCCAGCCUCGAGGAGGUGCCCGAUUAUGUGAAUAAGGCUACGCCGCUUUUCCUUGUCUUGAUGCUGUUGGAGUUUGUUGUCAGUUGGGUUUGGAAGCAUCAGGCACCAGGGCGGAUCAAUGAUAGCAUAACUUCUGUCUCUGCAGGAGUCCUGUCUCGACUUCCAGAUGUUGUGUCCAGAAGCCUCGAGUUGACUACCUACAUCUAUGUGUGGGAUAACUACAGGCUCUUUGAACUGCGGUGGGACUCACCAUGGACCUGGUAUAUGACAUUCCUAGGAGUAGACUUUGUAUACUACUGGUUCCAUCGCCUGGCCCAUGAGGUUAAUAUAUUGUGGGCAGCACACCAAGUACAUCAUAGUUCUGAAGCUUAUAACUUAUCCACAGCACUGAGACAAUCUGCACUGCAAAGAUACGUUUCUUGGGUUUUCUACUUGCCUAUGGCUCUUUUUAUUCCUCCAUCAGUAUAUGCUGUUCAUCUCCAGUUUAAUCUCCUUUACCAGUUUUGGAUACAUACAGAGGUAGUUAACAACCUUGGACCUCUGGAGCUGAUUCUUAAUACUCCCAGUCACCACAGAGUUCACCAUGGCAGAAAUCCUUACUGCAUUGACAAAAAUUAUGGUGGUACCCUCAUUAUUUGGGAUAGAAUUUUUGGAACAUAUGUGGCGGAAAAAGAUAAAGUUAUAUAUGGCCUAACACACCCAAUAAAUACAUUUGAACCUUUCAAGGUCCAGUUAUGUCACUUGGCUUAUAUAUGGAGCACAUUUUGGGCCACACCUGGAUUCAGUAAUAAGCUCUCUGUAAUAUUCAAAGGCCCAGGUUGGGGACCAGGAAAACCUAGACUCGGCCUUCCUGAGGAAAUCCCAGUGAUCACUGGAAAAGAGGUUCCAUUCAAUCCCAAAUUGCCAAUAUAUCUUUCUGUCUAUGCAGUAGUACAUUUUACCUUGAUGCUGGGCUUUUAUGUGGACCUGUUUGAGACCCAGGCCACAUUAUCACAGGUAACUCUUCUCCUGAGGAUUGGCUACAUUAUCCUGACAUUGACCUCCAUUGGAUUCCUUAUGGAGCUAAGUUCUAGGCCCAAAGCAGCUAGUUUGGAAGCUGUCCGCUGCUCAGUCUUUCUUGUUCUGCACAAACUUAGUUACCUGAAAAUAUACAUUGCUUCCUUGGCAUUUACUUAUGAGGUUUUAUUUUCACUCUGCAUUGCAUUCUGGGGAGUACAAAUUAUGAAGCAACUGAUCUCCAAUACAGCAAAACAUCAGUGAAUUAUGGAAAGAGCCCUUGGGAAUAUGCUUCAAAGUUGCUUGAAAUAAGUUGACGGUGCCUCUUUCUGAAAUGCAAGCAUUUCACACAGGCUAGGUAGGAAUCAUGAUGUUUUAUGAAGGUUUGAAAGAUGUAUUAAAAUGGUCAUGUGGUUUUAUUUGAUCUUUUAAAUAUUGAUUCUCCUGCCUACCCAAGUUAAAUUUAAGGUCCCUAAAUUUUUUUCUUGUGCUUUCACAGCACUUUUUUUUUUUCAUUCAAGGGAUCACAAUAUUCUUAAAAAGCAUGUAAAAAUAAUAGCAUUUUUCAAUCACUUUAUUAGUAUGUAACCAUAUGUGGAAAGCAUUCUUCACAAUAGCAAUAAUUAAAAUCAUAUUUGUUGCAACCUGGUAGUCUCCAUAGAGACUAAAUCUAAAAGAAUGUGAAUGUAAAUUUUUCCAUAAUGAUUGAAUUACAGUAGAAUCUCAGCGCCGUGCCCAAUUGUGUGUUCAUAACAUACAGCUACAUAAGGAUGAGUAAUUGAGACAGGAAAAUGAUUUAAAACAACAUGAUACAAUAACUGAUUUGUAUUAAUUGAAAUGUUUUCAAUUAACUAGAUGAUAUAUCAUAUGUGUUGUAUAAUGCAGGCUUGCAGCUUAGGUUAAUUUGUUUAAGGAGUACACCCACAUUUACCAACAACUUUAGGACUGACCUCACCAACACUGACACAAGCGAGUUGCUCCAUUGACUAAAGUAACUCCUGUCACAAAGCAUUUGCAGGAUCAGGUUGUUAAUUUCUAGUUGCCCUGACCCCCAUCCCCACCCCCAGACACACACAUAUCAAAGUGAUCCUAAGGGAGAUGGAUCUAUUGUCCUGUGUGAGGUGCUAUUUUGAUUAUUUCUAGUGAUAUAGGAAAACGGGGGGAGGCUCCGAAAAGCAAGAUUAGUAAAAAUAGAGGAGAUGGGUUGUUUUUCUUUCCUUAUGCUUUUCCAACUUUUAGUGGUUCCAAGACUAAAAAAAGAAAAUACUCAAAAUCAAGAAGCUAAAAAACUUUAGGAUGCCUUGCAAACUUCAAACUGGUGAAAAUACCUGGAUUAAAAUGUAGUUGUAUUGGUUUUUUGUUUUUUCAUUUUUCUCUACAGUACUAAGAUGUAGUAAUAGAGAGCUCAGAUGUGCAUAAAUAUCCUGGUUUUAGUCAACCCACAGUUUUAGACUUUAGCUGUAGCAGAGAAUUGAUGCCAGCAUUUACAAGUUGGAUGCUUCCACCUGGCCACCUAACUCUAUAUUUAAAUAAAAUGGGUUUGAUUUUCAGUGGAGUUGAGCAUCAGGCCUAUUUUUUACCCAAAAUGUUCAGUCAAUUAGAAAUACAAAUUGCUUGUACCUAUCACCUGGGGCUAUGCUCAAUCCCUAAAAUAUGUUUAAUUGGGAAAACAGGUGUCAGUUUGAAUAGAGAUGAGUCUAAGACCUUUCAUAAAGUGUGGGAAUGUUUGGAUCCAGGGUUUUGAUUCAGACCCUUUUCUAAAAGAUGAACAAAUUGUUAGAAGUAUUCAGAUUAAAAGUAUUGGGUUUAAAUCCUUAAUUCAUAAAUUUACUCAUACAUUGGUAGAAUUCUAAUCUCUGAUUAAGAGAUUAGAUAAAUGAAAUCAAAUAUUUCUAACUCAGAUUGUGGAAAUGUGAUCUAGUUGUUAAAACACAGGCGUAGUAGCCAACAAAUCUAGGUUUUAUUCCCAGUUUGUGACCUUGGCCAUGUAACUUAUUCACUCUGUGCCUCAGCUUUCCCAUCUUUGAAAUGGAGAUAAAAGUUCCUACCUCACAAGAGUGUUGCAAGUUUGAUUUAAAUGAUGUGGGUAGGUACCAUGGAGAUGAGUGUGCUAUAUUAUUGCUAAAUGUCACACAUUUUACAUUGAAAUGUAUUCACCCAUCAGUAGCAAUCUUUGAAAGCUCCAUAAACAGAAUAAUCUCACUGGGGUAUCUCCAGAAGGAAAGGAAAAAAUGGCUGAUUGAGCUAAAAGUCCGCAGGUUCCUAUAAUGUUGGUUGCAGCCGAUCUUCAAGUUCCCAUGUUUCUGAAUGCAGUGUGUGCACUAGAAAUUUGUAUUUGAUAUGUGUAAUAUUGAAAUAGCCAAAUGACUGUUUUAAUCUGAUGAUAAUUUAUUAAAUUAA